AGUAAAUACGCAAUGGUGUCAUUAACCGUCAUAACCAGUGAAAUAACUACCGAACGUGCGAUAAAUUUUUGACGAAUAAUAUGUACUACCAUCUUUUGGGUUUAUAAUAAUUUUUCCUGUUAUACAAAUUUUUAUUCAGUCUUUCGUGUUCGAAGAACAAAUUUCGUGUUUUCAUGUUUAUCAAUCUCGACCAUCUUUUGAAAUCUCACCCGUGACGAGAUAAACGGAAAAGCUUUCAAAUAUUUCAAUGACAUUGAUCAUUUAUUUUUAAUGAUAAGGGCCAAGUCAGUGUUAUUGCAACUAUGGAACACAAGUGUUCAACUCGAACAAAGUUUCAGCAAACAAACUUAGAUGAAUGUGGAACGAUGAGUUCAUUUUUGACAGAAUCACCGCAGAAAUCGUCAGAUUCGUUGGAAACAGCAAUAGACAAUGUUGAACAAAGAAAUGAAUUUCAAAACAAAGUGAAAAAAGAUAAGUUACAAACAAUAAACGAAUCAUUGAAGCCAACAAUUAUUACAAACCACUCCGUAGAUGUCAAAGUUACAAAAUUAACUGAAAUUGACAGAACCACAAAACACUUUGACACGUGGAAAGACAAUCCUGUGAUCGCAAUGUCUGAUUCUGACGACACACCAAGUGCUUCUCAAUUAGUGGAUUCUUCCACCCAUCUAGACAGUGGUUUCUGUGGACACAUGAGCACAGUCAAUGAAAGUGUAUUAGGUGGUACCAGUGGUACUAAUUCUUGUGAUAUUACUACUGAGAGCGUUGUCAAGAAAUGUAAACUGCUUGUGAGCCCGAGCUCUUACGCUGAAUCCUGGGACAUUGGAAUUCAAACGACUUCAACCCCCUGCACAAAACCAGAAAUCCACUCCGAUGAGCAAAAUAUGUGCAGAGUCAGCAUAGAUGUCAUGAGUGUUGAAAACAUUACGUACAGAAAAAAAAGUGCCAAAACUCUCAGAUUUGAAAACGAACCGCAGGAUGGAAAUCGAGAAAUCAAUUCAAAACCAACGAAUGAGUCGGGUAAUAGUGGAAACAACUUUUGUUCUUGCCAAUCCUUAGGAAAGGAAAAUUGUAAAAAAAUAGAUAUAAAAAUGAUAGGAGGACAGCAAACACUGUCGUGUUCCUCGGAUUUAAUUAUGUUUACUCCUGUGGAAAACAUCUCGGAGACAAGGCUAAAUGCUGGUCCAACGCUAAGACUGAUGAAUCACACUUACUGUCUGAAAAGUGAUGAGGAAUUGAAAGAUCCGGAGACAAUUGAAGGACUGCAGAGUCCUGAAUGUUUGUCAAAAGUGGUGAAAUCUCCUACGCCCGAGAAAGUUUCACAAACGAGAACCAAAAAAAAUCCAAGAGGUGUAACAAGACCGGGUGUUCUGACGAGCGAAGGUCGUCGACGUUCCGGUCGAUUCGUCAGUAUGGCAGAAGCGAUGUGCCGAUUUAUAACAGAAACUCCCAAAAGAUUUCAUACAAAGCCACUCUACUCUGGCCAACUUUUGCCGCAGUGGCGCAACCGAGUUUUCGAGCACAACUCAUCACGAGGAAAAUUCUUGCAUUCGACAAGGAAAAUCAAAGGAAAAAAGCUAGGCUCGAAACCUGAAGAAAGUGACUCGGCUGGACCGAGUUGUAGCGGAACGACGAAAGAAUCAGCGGGCCCCGUUCCGAUCAGCGACAGCUUCCAGGAGCGGAACGAACGUUUGUUAAGUAAAAGGAAGGCAAACGUAAAAAAAUCCGAUGAAUCGUACGUCUUUCGUGCUCGUCCGAUGCCAAAAUUUAAAACGCCAAAAAUCAAGAAAUCAGUCAAACCAUUGACCAAUCCGCAAACCCCCUCCUGGGGUCGAAAAAAAUAAAUAAUUAAAUAUUGUAAUAAUUUUCUAAUCGAAAUAAUUACCGGCAACAUUGAUCAAA